AAAAAUCAUCUACAAAAAACUACCUCAUCUAUGGUUUGUCAUGUGAACUUUCACAUAAAUAUUUGUGUAUUUUCAUUUUCAUUUUUUUUUUUCUUCUUCUUCUUCUCAUUUACCACAAUGCAAAUAUACUUUCCGAAUGUAAAUAAUUCUCUAUUUCAUGGAUUCUUUUCAAUAUGUAUACUGGGAAAUCAUUUGUAAAAACUGCAUUUAUCGCGUUUUAUGAAUGAAUUACCGUUACCAUAGCAACCAACGUAAACAAAUACUUGGGCUGAAAAUGCAACUUGACGUGUAGUUGCUCCGCGCCACACAACAUGGAUCCAUUAUAUUUGGCGUUAAGUGCUUUUAGAAGACGGAAAUUCGAAAAAUGUAUUGAAAUAUGUACGACUCUUUUAGCUACUAAUCCCUAUGAUCAGGCUGUAUGGAGCCUAAAGACACGAGCAUUAACGGAAGAGGUUUGGGUGGACGAGUGUGAUGGAGAAGAGGAGGGAUUAGCAGAUGUGUUAAUGGAUGACAACACCAUUGCUUCAGUGGCACGGCCAGGAACAUCCCUUCGCACCGCUCCACCGUCUUCUGCUGGUGGCACUGGUGGACCAUCUCAAGCCUUCAGACCUGCCACACAAUCGGGACGACCUCUGAGUGGAGUGGUACGUCCAGGAUCACAGGGAGGACGGCCAGGCACAAUGGACCAAGCUUUACGCACCCCAAGGACAGCCCAGACAGCUCGUCCUGUCUCUGCAGCUUCUGGACGACAUGUGCGCCUAGGGACAGCAUCUAUGUUGCCUUCAGGAGAGGGUCCUUUCAUCAACUUAGCUCGGUUGAAUGUUGCCAAAUAUGCAAGCCAACCAAAUAUUGCAAAGGCUUUAUUUGAGUAUAUAUAUUAUCAUGAGAAUGAUGUAAGGCAUGCAUUGGAUUUGGCAGCUCAAGCCACACAAGCACAAGAGUUCAAGGACUGGUGGUGGAAGGUACAGCUCGGACGUUGCUACUACAGGCUUGGUUUGUUUCGUGAUGCUGAAAAACAAUUUAAAUCUGCCUUGCAACAGCAAGACAAUAUUAACACCUUUCUCCUCCUUGGUCGAGUGUACAUCCGCCUAGACCAGCCAAUGGCAGCUCUUGAGAUUUAUAAGAGUGGGCUUGACAAAUUCCCUGGCGAAGUAACUUUACUUACUGCUAUAGCAAGGAUUUAUGAAGGCUUGCAUGACCUGACAAAAGCUGUGAAGUUUUACAAAGAUGUCCUGCAUUAUGAUGCUACGCAUGUUGAGGCCAUUGCAUGUAUUGGAACCAACCACUUUUACACCGAUCAGCCUGAAGUAGCCUUGAGGUUUUAUAGGCGACUGCUACAGAUGGGUAUCUACAACUGUGAAAUAUUCAACAACUUGGGCUUGUGCUGCUUCUAUGCGCAACAGUAUGACAUGACUCUCACUUGCUUUGAGCGGGCAUUAAGCCUUGCAACUGAUGAGAGUGUUGCAGAUGUUUGGUACAACCUAGGCCACAUUGCAUUAGGCAUUGGCGAUAUCAACCUGGCAUACCAGUGCUUCCGCCUUGCUCUAGUGGCCAACAAUGACCAUGGCGAAUCCUACAACAACCUGGGCGUUUUGGAAUACCGACGGGGAAACUACGACACUGCUCGUGCUUUCUUCAUGACCUCUGCUACUUUAGCCCCUCACAUGUUCCAGCCUCAUUUUAACCAUUCUAAACUUGCUCAUAAGACUGGAGAUCUACAGACAAGUUACAUCAUUGUACAGAAAGCACUGCAAGUUUUUCCAGCUCAUGUUGACUCAAAAGAAUUAUUGAGCGCACUGGAAACACACUUCCACACCCUGUAAACUGUAUCAAAAUAUAUACAAGCUGAUAUACAUAAUAAGAGGACUCUCUAGUCACUGUAUUUAUCUAUAUUUUGUUUUCACUCCAGUUCAUAUUCAUAGCCAUGUAUCAUCACAAAUAUAUUGUUGAAAACUACUGCUUUUUUUUUCUUUCUUUAAGAGCAAAGCAAUUUUUUUCUUAAAAAGGAAAUCCAGGAUUUCAAAAUCAAAUUUAUAAUAAGAAUGGCAAUCACGAUAAAUCACUAUGAUAAUAUGCAAGUGAUGCAAGUUGUAUUUUUUUCCAGGUUACCAAUUAUGAAACAAACAGCAUUUCUGAAGCACUUUUAAUUCAAGUGUACCAUUACAAUAUUUUCAUUUAUAAAAAGUUAAGCAGUGGUUGAGAACAUACUACACACACUGUCACUGGGAGCCUUCCUGAAGCAACCUAAACCAAACUCCUGUAACUUCCUCUUAAUCUCUGAAGGAUUUUCAAUAGGAUACAACUGGCAACUGUUGCAGUCAGAAGAAAAAUAUACCAAACUCUGGGUCCAUGCCGGCUCAUUCAUAAAACAGACAAGAAAAAUUUAAUAUCAUUUGGAAAUUAACAAAAUGUAUAUUCUCCAAAAUAACACUUUCUGUUUACAGACUAGCAGAUCUUGCAAAUUUGUGUUUUGAUUUGAAAUGCAAAAUUAGAUGUGAAUAUCUACUUAUUUCCAGGGAGUUUUUCUUCUAGACUCAAUGUACCUGAAUAUUCUUAAUGUGCACCCUUACAGAGGCUCUCUUAGUUGAUGGCUCCUUAAUUUUAAUCAUUAAAAAAAAAAAAAAACACCAGCUGAGGUUUCUUUAGUCUCUCUCGGCAAUGGCACUCAGGUGGUAGUCGAUUUCUUGCUCAGACAAAGUCC